AGCUUUGAAUAGUUUACUGAAGUCAUACCACCAACAUGGACUAAUAGAUUAUCAUGUACAGUUAGUAUGUUUCAAUCUUCUUUUAGUAUAAUGAAUGUGAAUUGAAAAGGAAACAGUGAUUAAAGCUUAAGAAGAUGAGUUCUAACAGUUGGGAAAGGAAGUAUUUUAAUCUGUUUCUCAUUUCCAGAAAAGAUGAAGGAAUAUGCUCUGCUGCAUCAUCUUCAGUAUAAUGCUCUCUGAAGAGGGAAACAAAUAUUUGCCUUGGACUGGAACUGCACAGAAAAGAAGACAGAAAUACAUUAAUAGUUAUUGAGCUAUCCACUACGGAAUUUCAUGGACACUACUGAAACAAAAUGUAGCGACAGGCCAAUAAGCUCUUGUGGGGAAUAUGAUAGACCUGUACCGUCUUCCUCAUGGGAACCAACAAGGACUUCUGCUAGUGCCCUUCCUAUUUUAGAAGAAAAUGCCACUACUUAUAACUCUAUUCCUAUUCAUACAACAAAUCUUAAAAAGAAUUUUCUCAGAAUCCCUUUUUUAGAAGAAGGAUUAAAACAGCCACCUGAAAGACUAAGCUCUGUAAACAGUUUCACAUCCAAGUGCUUCAAAACAUAUCCUGAGAAAUCUAAGAUAUUAGUCCAACCAUCUCCACAAUGUAUCCUGAAAGAAGAAGAAACAAUUAGCCUAAGUGAUCUAUUGGCCAGGAUUGAAUCAGUGAAUAGCGCUAUGAAGCGUAAGAAAAGUAAAAACUGUGCAUCUGUCAGGGGGGCCUUCAAUUUACCUAGUGUUUCCACAUGCGUGCAUGAUGAAAUUCCUUGGCUUCAGAUGAAACACAAAGGCAAAGUAUAUCAGGACUGGAGAGGGGUGGUAUCACAGAAACCUUUAAAUGUGCAAAAACGAGUGAAGCAAAAGACGCCAAUAAUAAAAGAUUCAGACAAGGAGAUGACAACAGAUUUACAAGAUGACAAAUUAAAGCAAGCUGUAACAACUGCCACUAAAUCAAAAAGGAAGAUUAGCAGUGGAAAACAUAUUGUAUUUAAAACUCAGGAAAAGGUCAAAAGAAUUGGACCACACUUAGAAAUCUUUGAGGCUUUCCACGCCAGAAAGGACCCUAGCUCCAGAAAAGUAAUUAGAGCAUCCAUAUAUAUUCAGAAAUAUGUCAGAGGAUGGCUUGAACGUACCAGAUUCAACAGAGUAAAGGCCAAGGCUGCAAGUCAUGGACCAUCCCUUUUAGCAGUUGUAAAGGACUACCGUAAAAUGAUGAAUCGCAUUCAACGUCGAGCUGGUGUUUUGAAUCCAUCCACACCACUAAAGUAUUCAGAACUAGAAGAGUGGUUGGACAAGAAAAAAUUUUAUGAAACAAUGUUUGCCAAGAGGGAGUUCCGGAAAGAGAUGAAUAAAAAUGAUCUGCAGGUAUUUUUCAAAGACUGUGGACAAUUACUACCCCCGCAGCAAAUAGAUAAGGUUUUGCAUCUGGUCUGUCCAGGUCGCACUUCUGAAGUAACAACCAUCAAUCAGCAUCAAGUGCUCGAAAUGGCUUUCACACUACAUCCUCCUGCUGGUGCAAAGCAGAAUACUGUUGUUCAACUAAAGUCAACCUGGGUGCAACCUAUAGUGGAUGGAAAAGAUGGAUACAUAUAUUUAGACACAUCCCGAAUGAAUAACAAAGGCUUGGGAUUAAAAUGGAGAAGGAAGAUCUUGGGUCAGAACUUCAGCUGCUGUAAAUCAACGUGGUGUCACUGGGGCUAGUUUACCACAGGUAUGGACUUUUUCACAAGGAAGAUGGUAAACCUGACCAAGCCCACCAGCAUUGCAGAGGGUGAUACAGUCACUAUGAAGGCCCAGAACACCUUCAAGAGCGCAAAGGUCAGCUUCAAGCCGAGUGGAAUUUGAUGAGACAACCAUAGAUGACAGGCAUAUCAAAGUAGGUCUCAGGGAGGAACAACUGACAGGAAGGACAUGCUAACACCAUUGGGAGCUGCUGAUCAAGCUAGCAUGCUAAAAACAGCGUGUAGCCACAGCUGCAUGAGCAGCAGGAGGGACUAGCUGCCCUGAGUACUUUCCCCUCCAAUAUACUAGGGGUGUCCUUGGGGCUGCUAGCCCAUCCCACCAGGCAUGCUGCCACAACUACACCCUAUUUUUAGCAUGCUAGCUCGAUAGUUUGGUUGUGAAUUGUAAAGUAUGCAGAUUACUAUGUAACACAGUUUGCAGUCAGAUGCGCACACAGUUCAAGUCCUGCAGUAGCAUCUACCAAGAUCACAAUAAAGGUUGGGAGGCCAAAAUUUUGAGUUAUUUUACUUUUGUCAUUUUCAAAGUCCAUCCAAUUCCUUGUAACAAAUAAUGUUUCAGUGAUGUAUUUCCCCUAGCAUCCGACUCCUCACCUCACUAACAUAAAAGCCAUAGGCACAACCACACAACACGCAUGUUUUGUAUUGAAUAAAAAGAGUUGUUAAAGACAGAGGUUUUAAUCUUCUAGAGGGGUCAUUAUAA